AUGCACCGCGGCGGGGCCUGGAUUUGGGGGGUCCCGGGGCAGCUCUGGGGGGGUUACGGGGCACAUUUACGUGGUUAGGUGCAGCUUUGAGUGGCCCUGGGGCAGAUCUGGGAGGUCCCAGGGCAAAUUUGGGUUACUAGGGGCAGAUUUGGGGCAUUCUGGGGCAGUUCUAGUUGAUCAGUAGAUUUGGGGAGCCCUGGGGCAUAUCUAGAUGGUUGGGUACAGGUUCGAGCGGCCGUGGGGCAGAUUUGGGAGGCCCCAGGGCAAAUUUGGGUGAUUGGGUGCAGAUCUGGAAGGCCCUGUGGGGGUUUUGAGGGCCCCUUUGGGGGGGUCUGGGUCUGAUUUAGGUGGUUAGGGGCAGAUUUGGGCCAGUUAAAUGAGAUUAGGGGCAGAUUUGGGGUAUCCUGGGGCAGUUCUAGUUGAUCAGCAGCAGAUUUGGGGAGCCCUGGGGCACAUCUAGGUGGUUAGGUGCAGUUUUGGGCGAUCCUGGGCCACUUUUUGGUGGGUGCUGGUGCAGAUUGGAGGGGCCCUGGGGCAGAUUUGGGAGGUCCCAGGGCAGAUUUGGGUGGUUAGGGGCAGAUUUGGCGUGUCCUGGAGCAGUUCUAGCUGAUCAGCAGCAGAUUUGAGGGGCCCUGGGGCAGACUUGGGAGGUCCCGGGGCAAAUUUGGGUGGUUGGGUGCAGAUCUGGAAGGCCCUGAGUGAGGUUUGAGGCCCCUGGGGCAGAUUUGGGCUGUUUUGGGGCAGUUUGAGGGGCCGGCGUGCAGUCUGUGAGCAAUGUUGGGGUGCAGGGCUGCUCCUUGGCCAGGGCACAGGCUCAAUCCCCUGGAAAAAUCGGGGUGCUGGGCCACAGCCCCCCUCCUGCCGACGCUGUCCAGCCCCCGGUCCCACUCCCUCAGGAUCGGUGGCUCUGGGAGCCACGGUAGCCCUUCCAAUCCCUCCAAGGGUCUGCAUGAGGGUCCCGCCGCCUCGUCUUGCCCCGUUUGUGCCUUUUUUGCGCUGCGAGAACGGGGGAUUGCACCCCAAGAAAUCACGUCCCGCAUUGGUGGAGCCCGUUUUGCGCAGAGCCGAGCUGGCGUCACUGGUUAAUGGUGCUGAGCUGUGCUGCAGGGUCUCCCCAGCCUGGAUCUGCGCCCUCAAGGAGGAGGAGGAGGAAGAUGAGGCCGGAGUUGUUUCUCCUCAUGGCAGGAGCCGUGGCAGCGCCGAGCCUCUCCCUGCCGCCCCUCGGGCUCCUCUCCCAGCUGGACGGGGGUUCCCCCAAAAUCACCUGCAUCGCCCCGCGGAGCUACACCGGCGGCACCUUCGAGCUCUUCGCGGCAGGCGCCAGCGUCCCGGCGCUCAGCGUCGUCGCCGAGCCGAGCCAGCACCUGGUCGAAUUCAGCCUGGAUGAGACCGUCCCGGCCUCCCAGUGCUACCGGUGCCGGUACCGGAACUUCAACGGCAGCGCCUGGCAGCUGUCGGAAUUCAGUGUGGCCAUCGUGGUGAACGAUUCGGGUGACGCUGGGUGUCAUCCCGCCUCCGCCGCCCCGACUGCCCGGCCUCUGCCCACCUUCGCCACGCUGCAGCAAGAUCCCUCCUGGCUUCUCCCAGUUGCCAUCGGCACGGCUGGCCUGGUGCUGGUGCUGGUGGUGGUGGCGGUGGCCUGGCGAGUCAAGGCCAAGAGGCAACAGGCAAAGAGGCAGCAAGCGUCUUGCUGGACGGAAACGCGGUACCCCACCACCGAGCUUUCUUAUGAGAACUACGCCUACACCAUCGGCCUGGUGAGUGGGGGGCCGGGUGUUUUUUUGGGGGGGGGCUGCCGGCGCGGUUCUGCUGCCUCACGACCCCCCCGCCCCAUCCUGUUUCCUUCAAGAACAGGCAGCCGGGAUCCCCCAGCACGUCCCCGGUGUCCCCCCCCGCAGCACCCCACUUCAGCACCUUUAGGUCCUCGGCGUGAGCCGCGGCGGUGCCGGCUCUGCGCCGGCUUCUUGCCCGCCACACCCCUGCUCUUCCACCUCCUCCUCCUCCUCCUCCUCGCGCCGUCGGGCCCGGGGAUUCCCGGCGCCCCAAAUCGCGGGGGCUGUGCCGGGGUGUCCCCCCGGCUCCGGUGACAAUAAAGGUGUUUGUUGCCGGGUG